AUGGCAUGCGUAACAGAUCACCCGGGUUGGAACAGUGGGUGUUGUCGAACCGCAAGGAAUCCAAAGAUUCGCCCUCGAAUAAUCUUCCUAUGGUGCCGUCUGCGAUGUUUGUGCAGAUGGACGAAGAGCGAGGGCUUAGAACCCGAUGCCGAUAGUUCAUCCAAUUGCAGUUGGUGUACUUGUGUCUGCUCCGCUGAAGCACUUGUGUCACCCCUGAGGGGUAAUCGCCGGUCAUCAACGGAUGAUGAUUUUGCUCGAUUUGACGUGUUUUCAGUGUUGCCACAGGAUGAAAAAUCGGAGGCUAAAACCCUCUCAGCCAAGUCUUCAACAACCCACCUCCAAGUGCAAGGAUCAUCCUGUCCGUCAGAGCCGAAUUCAAGUCGAUAUCAAAGUGCUGAAGAACUUUCGCCUGCCGAGCUCGACGAACCAAGUUCACCAGCAAAGGUUGGCUUAGAAUCUUAUAAAUGCAUUGAAUAUUCAAGUGGUAGAGUACUUCCAAUGCUCUAG